UCAAACCAAAAUAGAAGAAUUAGCUCGUGCAACAGUUACCUAUGGAAGAAAACAAUUUAUUGGACUAAUGGCUGCUGUUAAUUUAGACAAAAGAUUGACUUGAACAGUGCUCCGUGCUUUGUAUUAUUAUUUAUUUUUUAAUUUUUUAAAUUUAUUUUUAUUUUUAUUUUCCUGUCGACCGUUCACUUCACUUUCAAACCAUGGAUGUUGAGGGCCCUCAGGCUCUCUGCGACCUAUGUUUGGCUCAGGUGUGUCUCAGCCUUGACAUCCUGUGCAGGCGGCGAGCAGACGGCUCCUUAUGUCUCAGCUGGGCCCCACUCUUUCCACAGGAGAUGGCCGACCAGUUACUGCAAAUGAUGGCAAAGAAAGGGAUACUGAAUAACACAACUGUUGGGAUUUUCCGAAACUGCAAAGAGCUCCGCCUGCGCCGAGCCUCCAUCCGCUCUUGCACGGUGUCUGCACAAGCUUUCCGUCUGGCCCUCUGCCCUCAUCGACUCCAGGAACUAGAUGCCUCCUGGGUCUCUGGUGGCCUCUCUGGUGCUAAUAUCAUCUCAGGCCUGGCUUCCAAUGCAGAGUGCCGAUCGAGCUUGCAGAGAUUGUCCUUGAACGGGCUGCAUCUGGACUGGGAUGCACUAGAAGAGGUUGAAGGGGCCCGACUUGGCUUCAGUUCCCUGCGGGGUUUGAGGACCCUCAGCCUUGCCAACACAGACCUGACUGAUGACAUCCUUGAGGAUAUCUGCAUGCUUCCUCAUCUGGAGAUCUUGGAUAUCUCCUGCUGUGCUGUCUCCAAACUCACACCGUUACUUGAUUGCAAGAACACCCUAAAGUCGUUAACUGCCCAUCGACUCCGGCAGUUGGAUAUGUCGCCUGCUAGGCUGCUCUCUGUUCUCACCCAGCUCCACGCUCUCAAGCAUCUGGACUUUUCAGAUGACCACUUUGCUGUGGAUGACAGUGAUGGGAGUGAUGGAGAUGAGACGGUGCGGCAGCUUCUGGAGGGGAGUCCACAGAUCCUCCCGGCACUUGUUUCUCUAGACGUGUCAGGGCGGAAGAGGAUGACUGAAGCAGCAGUAACUGCCUUUGUGAAGGCCAGGAGUGGACUGGUUUUCCUGGGCCUGACGGCGACUGGGGUUAGCUCCUGUGAUGUCCUCUCUUCGUGCAAAAACUUAAAAGUAACUGGAGAAGCUAAUGAGAACCAGGUGUGUGAGGCCUUGAGGAGGUACAGAGACAAGGAGUGUUUCAUUCGUGAAGCCCUCGUCCAUCUCUACAAUCUAACCACUGACAUUGACAGACCACGACCAGAUCUCCUCCAGCUGGUGCUCAGUGGGAUGCAGAGCCACCCCUCCUCCCUCCACGUCCAGCUGGUGGCCACAGCAUGUGUGUUCAACCUGACCACUCAGGACCUGGCAGAAGCCAUGCCCGUCAGCCUACUCACCUCAUCGGUCACGCAGCUGCUGCACGCCAUGAAGACCUUCCCCAGCCACACACAGGUGCAGAAGAACUGUCUUCUGGCUCUCUGCAGUGACUACAUCCUUCAGGACGUCCCUUUUGACAAGUAUUUAGCAGCCACGCUAGUGAUUAACUGGCUGAGCAGCCACGAGGAUCCGACCCUUCAGAGGAUGGCGGUGGCUGUCAUCUCCAUUCUGGUAGCGAAGUUGACCACAGAAGAGACGGCACAUCUUGGCAAGGACAUCUUCAUCAUGAAGCAGCUGCUGAACAUCGUGCAGCAGAAAGCCAUGGUUGGAGUGGUGGAUUCCACUCUGAAGUUCGCCCUGAGUGCUCUGUGGAACCUGACGGACGAGAUGCCCACCGCAUCCCGCAACUUCAUCGAGUGCCAGGGUUUGGAAUUGUAUGAGGAGGUUCUGGAGUCCUACUACACUGAGCCUUCUAUUCAGCAGAAAAUUCUUGGCCUCCUGAACAACUUAGCAGAGGUGGAGGAGCUGCACGCAGACCUGAUGGAGGAGGACCUGUUGGAGCAUGUCCUCACUCUCCUGCAGGACUCCCAUUUGGAGGUGGGGGUCCGAUACUUUGCCGGUGGGUUUCUGGCCCAGCUCGCUUCCAGACCAGAGGCCUGGACCCUGGACGAGGAGCUCCUCAGCACCAUCCUGAAGCAGCUGCAUGCCUCCAUAAUAACAUGGACCCAGCUGGAGAGAGAAAUGGUCUCCUACAGGUCAUUUCGACCGUUUUGCCCUCUGCUUCAGACUUCUCAGCCCUCCGGAGUCCAGCUGUGGGCAGUCUGGGCCAUACAUCUGGUCUGCAGUCAAAACACAUCGCAGUACGGCUCUAUGCUAGAGACCGAAGGCGUGACUGAACUUCUUAAGGCUUUGGCUGCACAUCCUGACACACACAGUGACAUUAAAAGACUAUCAGACAGCAUCUUGCGCAUGAUAGAGGAGAGCCAGAGUCACUCGGGGCCCUCCAAAAGCCAGACAGGGCCUCAAAGCUCUUGAUAAAUGUAUGAGGAAAUGUGUUUUAUUCUGUUUUUAGGAUACAGAGAUAGAUCUAAAGAUACAGACAGUUCAGACACAGCAUGUAAUAUAACAAGGUGUUAAAUGUU